AUGCCGCCUCAAACGGGUAUCUUGAUGGGCCCCUCGACGUUGUAUGCUCAACCUCGCAAGCCCCUCGACCUGCGCUCACAGUCACGAGUGUUGAUCACGAAGCCACGCAAGAGCAUCAAUACGAUGCUGCGCAAGAGUCUCAAUGCUGAUGCCACGCAAGAGCAUCAAUGCCGAUGCUACUCAAGAGCAUCAAUGCUUUCGCGGCGAGGACAUACACGCCCUGCGAGCUCGCCCAAUACCGCGGAGACCGGGCCGCUCAAUGAUCUCUGGGACAUCGCUAAUUAG